AUGGACGCCAUGACAGAGGAAGCGACGAGCGCUCUGUGCAGGUUCGGUGACCCUGAUAACCUUGUCUACAUUCAUCGUAUGUUAGCCUUUUUCGCCGGUGUUCCAACGUUUCUGCUAGCAAGAAUAUCAGUGUGGAUGGUGUUAUUGCCAUGCAUGAUCUACCAUUUAGGUGUUCCAGGAAACAUCCUCAUCAUACUGAUUGCUCGGAAAAAAGACAACCGCCAUUUGUCACCUUCCAUUUACAUGAUAGCCAUGGCUGUCGUGGACACCUUCGUCGACAUCAUCGCACUGACCUUCAGCCCAUUCCUUUACGGUGAAGUAGUAAAAGAGAUGAGAGGACUGCAAUUCAUUCUAAUGUACGUUUCGAUGGUGAUCUGCGCCUCGCUAUCCGGAUUCUUUUUGGCCGCCAUGUCUAUUGACCGCGCCGUGGCCGUCCGCUUCCCGAUGGCGGCGCCAAGACUGUGCACAACCAGCAAAGCGAAGAAAGUCGUUCUCAUCGGAUCGUUCAUCAUGACUGCGGCAAAUAGCAACCUGUUUUAUACUUACGAGUAUGUCAAAGAUCCAAUAACCGGCCAUGAGAACGUUAUCCUAAACGUCCCAGGCGACCCGGUUGGAAGCGAGGUUGCCUCAGCGUUCCAGAUGGUGACCGGGUCUAUCGUGCCCUUCGCCAUCAUCAUCACGUGCAACAUCAUCAUUAUCCUUAGAGUCAAGGAAGCUACAAGGACACGGGCUGCCAUGACGAAAUCAAGCUCCGAGUCUGACCAGAAGGGGGCGACACUGACCAGAAUGUUGAUAUUGAGUGCUUAA